AUGAUGCUACGAUAUUACAAUAUACCGAGGUUGCGACAGUUGCGACCGAGAUACAGCUUCAAGAUUUGGUACAAUUUUAUGAUAACUAGGACCAUUUCUACACAGCAUAAAAUCUUCGAUGAGGGUAUGAUCCAAGAGGUACAGAGUCAGCCUGUGCAUGAUGCAAUACGAGAACACUAUCAUCACCAAGAGCAGUUUAGGAAGAGCUCAAUAUCAAAUUAUAAUUUUCCAUCAUAUGAGGCCAUUGACCCACCAAUGACACCACCGAUUGAUUUUCACAAAAUUGUCAACGCCAAUAAGUAUAAAGUCCCGCAAAUCGGUUCCUUCGUUGAAUUUCAAAAGGGGAACCAGAUGAAAGUGGGAGUGGUUAUUCAUAAUGUGAUGACCCGAUUUGAUGAAAGGUUCAAUCAUGUAUUGGUGUUAACCAAUGAUAACGAAAUUUUACCGGUGAAACCUAUAAAUAUCAAAUUCCACUUGUACAAACUCAUUUCCGAUGUAUUCGUUGAGUAUGAAAAAAUACUACAUGAACGUCACAAUCAAUCUCAGUUAGAUCGCCAGAAGCUAGUUUCGCUUGUAAAUAGGUUCCUGACAGAUACAGCACAAUGCAAACGACAGAUACUGUCUUCAAUUGACAGAGUUUUCAGUCAGCUGUCAGAGGAUAAGAUUCGCCCUAUUUCUUUAUUGGAUAUUAUAGACGCUAUGGAGCUCAAAGAAUCAGAUGUGGCAAGGAUCACCUCAUCACUUUAUAAUCAGUUGGUACUACUAUAUGCCAUUCAUGCCAAUUUAGUCGACUCUUGCCAGUGGGUGGUACCUAAUUAUGUUGGAGAUACUUCUUCAAAUGUGUUUUUAUGGGAACAUUCGAAUAACUACCAUUCUUCAUCUCAGUAUUUUGCCAAUACACAAAAUGUUUGGCUACAAAUUUAUCGAUUCACACAGCAAAUGUCCAGCGUUGAGCGAAUAGCGGAAACCAACAGUUUUAUUCAAAAGUUGAAACGAUUACCCAAAGAGGAAAUGAAUGCAUACUUGAAUGUCUUUGAGGGGAGACAUUUUCGUGACAUUCUUAUGGUGAUGAAGUUUGCCGUUGUUUAUCCUCAUAGUGCUAUUAUAACGGAACUUGGAAAACUAGAUGUUUUUGAUAACCCACCAACAGCGUCGCAGAUAUACCGGUUACUUGUUGAAUUGAAAAUAUAUGAUGAAAGCACCUCAGUCUCUGAUAUUUAUUUAUCACUGGGGCUAUUUGGAACUCCAAAACAAUUGAGUGUGACACAAGUGGAUCAGUUGAACCCCAAAGCCCCAGCUUCUUUCAACAUCAAAGACAAUUUCAAACAUUUGAGGACAAACAGAAGCUACUACCAGGACCACGUGAUAUAUGGGUUAAUUGAUGACGAAAAAGACGAUGUGGCCAGUUUUGGAAUAUCAAUCGAGUCAUUAAAUUCUAGGAAGCAUCUCAUCAACAUACACAUCCCCGAUUUGAUCACUUAUAUUUCUCCUGAUAGCAACGCUUUCAAAUCUAUAUUUCAAAAUCGAACGAUAACUGAGACUUUGAGUCAUUUACACGAUAAUCAAGAGUGGGAUUCUUUGUACCUGGAGAAAAUGAUACGGGAUAGGAAAUUCCAUAACUACAGCAUUUUUAAUGAGAGGGAAGAAAUAUGGGGCGACGUCAUCGAUAUGGAACGAGGUGUAAAUAUAAAAAGACGAAGUAUCUCAAAAGCUACAUGUUUAACAAUCUCCUUUGAGUUCAAUUCAUAUGAAACAAACCCAUUCGAAGCGUUUGAUGGUAAAGUGUCAGUAAGCUUUGACUCUGUAGCAAAUGUGAAUAUCAAAAACGUCAACAAGAAAGUGUUGCAAGAUUGUCUUACUGGACAAUUGGAACCGUCAUUUUUCAAGAUGCUCCGGCGUAAACAACGGCCUGAGACUGAUACUCAUGGUCAAGAAAACAUAUUGAGCAAGACAGACAUUCAUAAUAUUAAUUACAUUGGCGGUAUCUUGAAAACUUUUCAAAAGGUCAGGGAGCUUGAAGGUGCAGCAAUUCCUCUGAAGGAAUUGUCUUUGUUUAAGAAUACCAGUUUGAAGACUACACAGAUUGAAACAAAAGACGGCCUAAAAGCAGAUAUUGUCAAACCUGACUCAUUAUCCACAACACCACAAGCAGACUUUAUGCACAAAGAGGCAAGAAUAUUCAGCGGUUGCUUAGCUUCCAUGAUUUGUUACCAAAAUCAAAUCCCACUUCUUAUGAGAUCUCAAGAUUUAAACUCGUAUGAGUUUGAAAACGAUAGUGUGCUUGUACAACAUGAAAACAUCAUGAUUCCUGUUUAUGAAUCUCAAAAAUAUGCUCAUAGCAUUAUGGCGAAAGAUGAAUUGGGGUACAUUUCCUCAAAUGCAAAAAUCAUUUCCAACAAUUACCUCGCGCCAAAACACACAACGGCUGAUAAUGAACGUAACGUACCACUAGGUUUAUCUAUGGGAUAUGCAGAGAUUUUUGAUAUAUUCCGAUCCGGAGAAGCCCUCUUCAACCAAUUUCAGCUUUUAUCAUACGUUCAAAAUGAUUACCAAAGGACAAUAUUGAAGAAACAUAGCUACUUGGAGUUUGUUGAGAAGUUCAACCACUUGAAAAGUCGUGGCUAUAAUUUGAAUGGUCCAUUUCCCGAGUACAAGCUUAAUCUGUUGAUAAACUCUUCAAACGCUAAUGAUUUGAGGACAGUUUGGCAGUACCGGAUGUACAAAUUUUGGAUCCUCAACUGGCUCCACCAAAAACAACUCGACAACACAUUACCGGAAGAUAGCAAAUAUGAAGGUAUUGCCACACAUAUCGAGCAAUUUGGCUCACACAGAAUAUGCAAAGCUUACUGUUCACAGCUAGGAAUCGAGGUAGAUGUUUUGGGCCCACUUGAUCAAGACAUCAAAAUUGGAACUACUUUGGUUUGCGUUGGUAUACUAUAUCUAGAUCCCAUUAGUGGUUUUUGCAUGCUAGAUGGUAGAGGGGAUAUUCGUAUAUAG